AUGGCUGAUAAUAAUCAGGAUCAAGAAAAGAUACAAGUAGAUACUACCAUCCCUUCACAAGACAGUAUAGAUAACCAUUCAUAUGAUCAAUCUGAAUACUGGAAUUAUUACGCUCAGUAUUAUUCCCAAUAUUACCAACAACGUGGUGAUUGGAUGGCAAUCUACGAUCAAAACAAUCAGAAAUAUUAUUAUCACAAUACUUCCACUAAGGCAACUCAAUGGGACAAACCAGCAGAAUGGGAUUCAACUACAGAAACAAAUCCAAUCACGGAUGGAAAUAAUACUAAUAUCACAACUGAUCAUGCGGUUAUUAAUCCAAAGCAACGAUCCGUUGAUGACUUAGUCAAAAUUUGGUUGAAAAGACCAGCUAGGAAACAAGUAGAAGAGCAACAAAAAGUCCAUUGGAGACCAGAAGGAGCUCAAGAAUAUAAUAUUUGGUAUGAUCGAUGGGUUGGAGAAUUAUGGAAAGGGGAAAAGCAUGGUGGUCCUGCUACAACUAGAUGUGUCUUAAAACGAGAUGCCGGCUAUACCAAAGCCAAUUUGAUGGAUAAUCGAGAAAGUCGACAUUACUGGUGUAUAUAUUUCGCUCGAGGUUGUUGUCAUCUUGGCUCGGAGUGUACAUACUAUCAUACAAUACCUCUAGAAAAUGACAAUAGAAAGAUCGAUCUAGCUCAUGAUGUCUUUGGACGUGAACGCUUUAGAUCACAUCGUGACGAUAUGGGUGGUAUCGGUAGCUUCGAUAAAGAAACACGUACCUUGUAUGUUGGUGGUUUGCAUCAUCGUGAUAAUCAAGAAAGUAUUCUUGAGGAAGAAUUUGGUGAAUGGGGAGAGAUUGAAGAUGUGCGCUAUAUACCCAAGCUGCACGUUGCAUUUGUUCGUUACAGGUAUCGACUAACUGCUGAAUUUGCUAAGGCUGCCAUGGCAGACCAAAAAUUUAAUGAUCAAGAGGUAUUAAACGUCCGCUGGGCGCAUGACGAUCCAAACCCUAAAGCAAGAGUUAGGGUAGCACAAGAACGACAAGAUAAAUUUCUUACAGCUUCGAGAGAGCGUGAUUUAACUUCGGAUGGAGAGCCGUCUGUUAAAAGGUUAAGGUCUGAUGACAUUAUCGGUUAUUAUCCUAAUACGGAUGCUCAGUACAUAAAACAGCAAGCAGAACCCGGACCAAAAACCAAAGAAGAAAUUGAACAGGAAAAUUUACUUAGCCGAGUUCAAGAAAACUACAGCAGAUUAGACAGGAUAUUUCAGAAAAUACAAAAUCAUCAGGUGUCCAGUUCGGAUAGUGGAAAUUCCUUAGCUCAAACUGCUGAUCCGUAUAGGAGGAAAUAA